UUUGACACUCGAUUUGUUUACAUUUAUUUGAAUAAAAUUGCGAGUUUUAAAUAAUAAUAAUAAAUGGAAAAAGACGUAAAAUUGCGAGUUUUGGAGCUAUUCAGCGGCAUUGGUGGCAUGCACUAUGCUUUAGAAGCAAGUGGAAUUCCGGGUGAAAUCCAUGCUGCCGUCGAUAUAAACACAACAGCAAAUCGAGUGUACCAACACAAUCAUCGUGAUACAAAAGUUUUGAAUAAUAAUAUUCAAAAGUUUACACCAAAAGAAAUCCACAAAAUGGAUGUGAAUGCAAUUUUAAUGUCACCGCCAUGCCAACCGUACACCCGUGUUGGAAACAAGAAAGACGUAGACGAUGCUCGAUCGAAUGCAUUGGUGCAUAUUUGCAGUAUUCUUCCUGAACUAACUGCAAUCGACUACAUUCUCAUGGAAAAUGUGAAAGGAUUUGAGACUUCACAAGCACGUGACCUGUACAUAGAAGCUUUGCAAGCAUCGGGUUUUGAAUAUCAAGAGUUCUUAUUGAGUCCAACUGAAAUUGGUGUUCCGAAUACACGUUAUCGAUACUAUUGCUUGGCGAGGAAAAAGAAGCCAUUUUCAUUUAAGACCAAUUCGAUUUUGGAACAACUGCCGAAUAAAAAAGAAGUUUUUGAAUGUCCGACGGUUGACUCAUUUUUGUCCGGUCUAAAUGUAAAUGAAGGUAAAUUAGACUAUUUAUUAUCAGACGAUCUUUUAUCGAAACGAGCCUGGCUUUUGGACAUCGUUCAUCCAACAUCAACAAAUACGAGAUGUUUCACAAAGGCAUAUACACACUACGCCGAAGGCACCGGAUCCGUUUUUUGUCCGGUUAGUAAAAAACAAUUGGAUGAUGUUUUCAUCGAUAUUCAAAAGGACUCCCUAUCAUCAGACGAAAAAUUAGCGAAAUUAAAAACACUUGAAUUAAGAUAUUUCAUGCCGUUCGAAGUGGCAAAACUCAUGAGUUUCCCCGAUAAAUUUUCAUUUCCAACUGAUACUACAAACAAACAAAAAUAUCGCGUUUUAGGGAAUAGCAUUAAUGUGGCUGUUGUUGGGAAGUUGAUUGAUAUUUUGUGCAGUGAUUAAGGUGGAUUAAGGCGAAUAAAUAUAUUUUCUUUACGAAAAUUUCAUUGUUUUUAUAAAAGGAAAUUAUGUGAAUAAUAAAUUACUUUUUGGAACAAAACAAAGAUUAUUUGGAAAAUCUCACAUGGCGUCACCAUCCAAAUGGAGACGGCUAAUGAAAUUUGAAUUUGAACGGAAAAUCUAAUUGGGAUUUUUUCUAGAAAAGCUAAAGGGGAA